UUUGGCUGGAACAUACUUUGUCUCGGAGUUUCUAACGUUGCCCGUUUUUUAAGGCUUGCUGCACUCCAUGUUCUGGAGUAGCAUGAGAUACUGCUGGGUAACCUUAAUGUAACACUGACUGAGAUUUUUGUCACUGAGUGGAGGGCUAACCCUGAGUGCCAGAUACUCUGAAGGAUGAAGGAAUUUUUCCUGUUCAGAUGCAGAUGGAUAGCUGGACAUCUGCUAUCCCUGUUCAGAAGCCAUGAAUUCCAGAAAAGUAACCUCAGAGACACGGAGAGGGUUUCCUGGUACUAAAGCACGUUCCCAGCAGCCAUCACGGAUUCUCAUCGUGGAUGUCACAUCACCUUUGUGGACCAACACCUGUUCGGUACUCGCUGAAGCUCUGGAAAACACGCUGUGUUUGGCAUGCAGUUUGGCAGGUCCCUGCCGUGUUCCCCUACUGAGUCUCUAUGUGGUGCAGAACCAGCAGGAGUGUCUGCUUCCCUUUACGCAAGUGAAAGAAAGCUUUGCACGAGUUCAAACCUGCAUUUCAGAGCUCCGUUCACUACCAAGAGAAGGCUGUUUCCCACAGGAGGGAAAUGGAGUGGUACAAGCCGUGCAGGACGGAUUGCAGCAGUUCAAGCAAUACAGCAGACACACAGCAGCAGGAGGCUCGACAAAUAGUUCAGUUGAGAUUACAAUUUUGACUAGCCAGUCAGGCAAAGAAAUGGUGAAGCAGCUGGAAGAGAAGUUAAAAGAUAUAGAUCUUGUGAGUCUGCGAAGACUACAAGUCAUUGAGGUUUUGAAGAGAGACUUUCUGGAGCCUGAAGAUGCGGAACAGAGCAUGCCAGCAGACGAGCUCAGCAGCGAUGACACUGCAAUCCUGGGAAUGGACAUUGACGUUCAGACCGUAGAGGACAACGUCAUCAGCUUGGAGAUGCUGUUUAAAACCUGGCUUCAUGAUUAUGGUACAGACAGAGAACAACUCCAUCUCCUCCUUCCAUCAGGAGGCUUCAGCUAUGCCACUGCAGCCAAGACCAGUCUAAUAUGCCUGAAGUGCGAUCUGCAGGAGAGAUUGCUCGACCCGGCUCUACUCUCUGGGACAGCUGACGGCACCGUGAGAACAGUGGACAUGAACUCACCCUGCCAGAUGGCUGCUUGGCCAGCUACAGUGCUGUAUAAACUCCGGGUUAUAAAAGCUCUGAAGUCUGAAGGGGUCUGUGAGUCAGUACUGUAUGGACUCCCCUUCAUCAUUAAGCCCACAAGCUGCUGGCAGCUAGACUGGGAUGAACUGGAGAUAAACCAGCAUAGCUUCCACGCUCUGUGCCACAGUCUGCUGAAAAGAAACUGGAUGCUUUUGGCCAAAUGUGAGACACAAAACACUAGUCCAAGCUGGAACAUCGUGGUGCAUUCCUACUACAUCAUUGUCCCUUCUGACUCUGCCACGCUACUUGUCAAAGCAGUCGCCGUCAGAGAGCUCCUGCUGCCGUCAACCUUCCCAGCCCUCCUUGCUGAGCAUCCUGAGAGAGUGCGUGGCCCUAUAGAGAGUGCCCUGAACGGCCUGGAAGUGGAAGUCACUUAUAACCCCCUGCACCUGAAGAACAACCUCUACAAGUACCUCAAGAGUGUGUUGCACAGACCCCUGAACAGGCAGCAAGCCCAUCCCAGGGACCAGCGACCAGAGCGGCAUCAGCCCAAGCAGCAUCAGAGCAGAGCCAAAGCCACAGUAGCUCCUCUUCUGAUGGCUCCCUCUCCUGUCCAAGUGUUCAGACCAGCAGCAGUGAGGAGAGAUUCCUGCGAGCACUCCCUCCUCCCUGAAGAGGAUGAUGAGAUCCUGCACGUCCUGCAAUGAGGAUAGCCCUGGGCACUGCUUGAGCCUGUUUGUGUGCAGUCAUGACUUGGCUUCUGCUAAGCUGCCAAGUCUUAUGCACUGGGCCGGAAGCAGUCAGGCAAGACGCUAAGCUCAGCCUUGGUCAGACAGGCACUUCCCAUUGUUUGUUCCUCCUUGUUGUUUUAUGUUUUUGUUAGUCAUCAAGUCAGUUUGCAGGAAGCCUGCUAACCUUGGGGCCCUCUGUUCACAGAUUCAGCUAUCCCCAGCAACACUCCCCUUCUCAUCAGCACACAUCACCUGCAUGCAUCAAAUUAUACUUUCUGAGAUCAGGCAAGUACAGCCCACAAACCACAGAUUGUUAUCAGUGAGUACAGAAAAGCUGCAGGCAGGGCCAUGAAGUCAGGCAGAUAUAUAAAGUCCUCGUCCUGCAGGAGCAGAUUCAGCAAGGCGUUUGAAUAAGCAUGAAAUGGGGCUUUUGAAUUUAAUCUUAAAGUCCUAAACACUUCCCUCUUGAGAGCAGCACUACCCGCAAUGACACUGAUUUGCCUGCUUCCGUAUUUGAUCUCACUGUUCAAGUCUCCCUCUCCCCAGCUCUCCAAGGGGUUUGUAGAAAGUGCCCAAGCCAGCAGCAAUGCCCUGGCUGGCUCCUGCACAGUGACAACCAGCUGCAGCUGGAGCCCCAGUGCAGCUCUCUUCUCCCAGCCAACUGCUGCUUGGACUCGCUCCUUCUGGCCCAUCUGUGCCUGUGGGGCUGUUCAGCAAACCAGCAUGGCACGUACUUUUUGCCAGGGCUGAGAAGACAGGGAGAUGGCCUGAAGUUUUCCAGAGAGUUGCUGCCCAGUGCUUGCACAGAGGCCAGUCCCAGUUUUUCAGUGCAGGCAUAGGACAGCUGCCUCUGCCAGAGCAGGAGUUGAGGAUGGCUCGACUGAACGCAGGUGGGGCACACUCAGUUGGGCUUUCUGGAUGCUGAGCAUCAGCCGGGGGUUGUAUUCCACUGACUUUGUUCUGAUAGUCUGAUUCAAAAUAAAGUUU